AUUGGUCCAAAGUUCGACUUUUCCUUCCACCGUUUUGUAUCAGACGUACUUUUACAUCUGUCCUGCAACACCAAAACCUUCGCCAUGCGCAGUAUCGUGGUGUUAGCCCUUUUUGGGGCCGCUUUUGGCUUCCCUGCGGAUUUUGAGGAGGCGAUCCCCGUAGCCGAACCGGAGCCUGGCGUGAACUGGGCGGUGCUGAUCGCAGGUUCCACCGGCUGGGGAAACUAUCGCCACCAGGCCGACGUGUGCCACGCCUACCAGAUCCUCCACAGGAACGGGAUCCCGGAUGAGAGGAUCGUCGUCAUGAUGGCGGACGAUCUCGCACAUAACAUCAGGAACCCAACCAAGGGAAUCAUUAUCAACCACCCCGACGGAAAAGACGUGUACCAUGGCGUUCCCAAGGACUACACCAGAUUUGACGUCACAGCUAAGAACUUCCUGCGUGUGCUGAAGGGAGACCGGGAGGGCGUGGCCGGUAUUGGCAGCGGGAAGGUCAUCGAGAGCGGCCCCCAUGAUAACGUGUUUGUGUACUACACGGAUCACGGUGCCCCGGGGAUCGUGGCCAUGCCGCACGGGGGCAUGCUGCACGCUGACGACCUGGUCACCACUCUCAAGGAGAUGCACCAAGAGAACAAGUUCAAUAAGCUUGUGUUCUACCUGGAGUCGUGUGAAUCCGGCUCCAUGUUCGACAAGAUGCUUCCAGACAACAUCAACAUUUUCGCCACCACCGCUGCUAACGGUAAGGAGUCGUCCUACGCCUGCUACAUGGACAAGACACGUAAGACGUUCCUGGGUGAUCUGUACAGCGUCAACUGGAUGGAGGACACAGACGUGGAAAGCGUUCAGAAGGAGACCCUACAGCAGCAGUUUGAGAAGGUGAAGAUGCUGACCAACCGGAGUCACGUGCAGGAGUAUGGCGACAUGAACAUAAAGAAUGACAUCAUUGGACAGUACCAGGGAACCAUCAACUACCCGUCAGUCACCCUGCCACCCUACAGACAGGUCCCGCAUGACGCCAUCCCUUCCCCCGACGUUCCCCUCGCCAUCCUGAACCUCCGUCUGGAGACCGCAGAAACGGACGAGGAGAGGCAGACCGUGCUGGCCGAGCUCAAGGACGAACUCAACUUACGGACGAGCAUUGCCCAGAAAAUGAAGGACAUCGUCACCAUGGCAACGGAUGACGCGGAGCAGGCGGAGGACAUCCUUGUCAAUCAUCACCGUGACAUCACCGCUCGUCCCUGCUACAAGGCUGCUGUCAAUCACUUCCACGAUACGUGCUACGAUCUGUCGCAGUACGAGCACGCCCUGCGCCACAUGUACACCCUGGUCAACCUGUGUGAGGAACAGGUACCUCUGGACAGGGUGACCGCUGCCAUGGACAGCGUCUGCUAAAAGGUGUUGACGACGGAGGUUGCUGUGAUUUUGAAGAUAUUUGUAGUCCGUUAGAUUUUAUUAUCAAAGUCAGCAGAAUAUUUGCAAAUUCAUUUACAGACGACAAAAUGUAGGUACGCAAUACAAAAGUUACUUAAAAACCUGCAUAGCUUUCAGAAACGGCAAGACGCUUCAACUAGCAUCAUGUUCUUCAUGUGAAUUGGUGUCUACGGCAGACGUCAGCCUUUGAUUAAGAUUAUAUCCAAUUUCCUGGUCGCUGCGAUAUUUUCAAAUGUUAAUUGGUGCCUAGUACUGCAAACCUUGGCCUUUAAAAACACCUUUUAAUGUUGAGACUACUCCA